AAAGUUUGGCGGGGUGGAGGCCAAAUAUUUGCAGUAGUUGUAGAAAAAACUGAGGCGCACAUAGACCAAAAGGAGCAACAGCAGGGAGAUGUGCGUGAGCUUCUCAAGGAAUUUGAGGGAGUACUGGGCGAGCCUAAGGGACUACCCCCACACCGGGAGUUCGAUCAUCGCAUACCACUGAUCAAUGAGCAGCACGACAUACACGUUCAUCCUUAUAGGUACGCUCACUUUCAGAAAACCGAGAUCGAACGGCAAGUGGCCGAGAUGCUUGAAUCAGGACUAAUCCAGCAUAGCAAGAGUCCGUUUUCUUCUCCAGUCUUGUUAGCUAAAAAGAAAGACGGCACAUGGAGGUUCUGUAUUGACUACCGAGCUCUGAACGCUGCAACUAUCAAGGACCGAUUUCCUAUCCCUAGCAUUGACGACAUGCUCGAUGAGUUAGCCGGGUCACGCUAUUUCUCAAAGCUCGACCUCAGAGCUGGUUACCAUCAGAUUCGACUCCAUCAGGCCGACAUUCCAAAGACAGAAUUCCGUACGCACCAGGGGCACUAUGAGUAUCUAGUCAUGCCAUUCAGAUUGUGCAACGCCCCAUCCACUUUCCAGUUCGCUAUAAAUUCCAUCUUCAAGGAGUAUCUGCGUAAGUUCGUUAUGGUAUUCUUUGAUGAUAUCCUGAUAUAUUCGAAGUCGUGGGGCGAACAUCUUGGGCAUUUGAGAGUGGUGCUCGAAAUUUUGGAGACCAACUCAUUCCACAUCAAGCCAUCCAAAUGUUCAUUCGGGCAGAUGAUGGUUGAGUAUCUGGGGCACUUCAUAUCACACGAGGGCGUGAAGGUUGAUCCACGAAAAAUUGAGGCUAUGGUCGAUUGGCCAAAACCGACAAGUCUCACACAGCUGAGGGGAUUUCUGGGACUCACGGGCUACUACAGAAAGUUCGUGAAGGAUUAUGGGACCAUCGCCAAACCACUGACAGAGAUGACAAAGAAAGACGGGUUCACAUGGACAGAAGCUAGCGAGGAGGCGUUUGGGAAACUGAAAGAAGCCAUGACUACAACGCCAGUACUCGCCAUGCCCAGGUUUGAUGUCUUAUUCGAGGUACACACCGAUGCGAGUGACAUUGGAAUUAGAGCUGUGUUAGUGCAAGAGGGACGACCCUUAGCUUAUCUCAGCAAGGCCCUAGGCCCUACACGAUUGGGUCUCUCGGUGUACGUGAAGGAGAUGCUAGCAGUUGUCGAGGCU